AGAGCUGGGCAAUGAACCACUGUAGCGGGCUUUGCAUUGCUGCCUCUACCUACAGCUCUUACUGGUCAUUGGAAGACCUUAGAGUCAGAAUCUUCUUGUGUAAGAGCCCUGAAUGCUGUGACCAACCCCAGUGUCUACAGUGUCUUUGCAGCUAUUAAUCUCACUGUUCUCCUUCCUAUUGGAGAAAUUACUGGUCCAGAAAUGCCUUUGGUGUGUUUGGCAGAUUUUAAGGCACAUGCGCAAAAGCAGCUGUCUAAGACCUCCUGGGACUUUAUUGAAGGAAAAGCUGACGACGGCAUCACCUACAGUGAGAACAUAGCAGCAUUUAAAAGAAUCCGCCUCCGUCCCCGAUACCUGAGAGAUACGUCAAAGGUGGACACCAGGACCACAAUCCAAGGGCAGGAGAUCAGUGCUCCCAUCUGCAUCUCACCCACAGGCUUUCACUCCAUUGCCUGGCCGGAUGGAGAAAAGAGCACAGCUAGAGCUGCUCAGGAGGCCAACAUCUGCUAUGUCAUCAGCAAUUAUGCCAGCUAUCCCCUGGAAGAUAUUGUUGCUGCUGCCCCCAAUGGCUUUCGUUGGUUCCAACUCUACGUGAACUCAGACUGGGACAUCAACAAGCAGAUGGUUCAGAAGGCAGAAGCCUUGGGUUUCAAAGCGUUGGUGAUCACUAUAGAUGUGCCUAUACUUGGCAAUAGGCGAUGGGACAGGAGAAACCAGCUGAAUUUGGAGACAAACAUAUUGUGGAAGGAGUUCCGAUCUCUCAAAGAGGAAAAGCCCACACAGUCUUUUCCGAAUGCAUCUUUCUGCUGGAAUGAUCUUUCCUUGAUUCAGAGUAUAACUCGGUUGCCCAUUAUCCUCAAAGGGAUUUUGACAAAAGAGGAUGCAGAGUUAGCCAUGAAGCACAACGUCCAAGGCAUCGUUGUUUCCAACCAUGGUGGGAGGCAGCUUGAUCAGGUUUCUGCUUCAAUUGAUGCUCUGAGAGAAGUGGUGGCUGCUGUCAAAGGGAAAAUUGAAGUGUACAUGGAUGGUGGGGUUCGAACUGGCACUGAUGUGUUGAAGGCACUGGCCCUUGGAGCUAGGUGCAUUUUUCUUGGGAGACCAAUCCUUUGGGGCCUUGCCUGCAAGGGUGAAGAUGGUGUUAAGGAAGUUUUAGAUAUUCUAACAGCAGAAUUCCAUAGAUGUAUGACCCUUUCAGGCUGCCAGUCAGUUGCUGAGAUUAGUCCAGACCUGAUUCAGUUCUCCAGAUUAUAAGGACCUACUGAGAUCCCUACAAGAGGAAGACAAGACUUCAACAUAGUGUGUGAGGCUGUUCUUCUUCGGUCCGAUCAUACCUAGUAGUUUGAGCCCUCUACCUUGAGAAAUCCAGAUGGAUGAAGAAAAGAUAGCUAACAGCUACCAGAGGGGUGCAUUUGGAUGAAGGAAUAACAUCUAAUGUUCUACAGGAUAACUAUAACUGACAAUUAAUUGACUAUGUCCAAUAGCCAUGUUCCAGAAAGAAAGGAAAUAGUUACAUCUGGUGUGACAUGUCAAUUACCUUCAUGUGAUUAUUAUGUACACUAUACAUUAUUGAAAUGUCAUACUGUGCCAUAAUUAUGUGCAAUUACUAUGUAUCAAUUAAAACAACAAUAUAUAUUUAAAAAUGAA